AUGCCUCCUGCUCAUCGUCGGGUCUCGCCCUCGCAACCAGCCGAGGAGCGCAACGAGCUACCUGUCGCGGGAAGUGGUUACGCGCACGAAAGAUUUUGGAGAAAUAAACCCAAAGCCAGCAAGGCACGCCCAGUUCUUCUCUCAUUUGACGAGCUUCCGGAAUGGCAACAGGAUAGCGGGUACAUUCGGCAUGGCUAUCGCCCAAUCUCAGGCUCGGCGCAGGUCUCAUUCAGCAGUUGGUCCUAUCUUCACAACGAGUCGGUAAACAUAUAUUCCCACUUGAUACCAGGGAUCGCCUUUCUGCUCGGCGAGUGGUAUAUCCAACAGUAUCUUGCAAGUAGAUACUCCACGGUCACGGCCACUGAUUACCUCAUCUUCACCUUCUUCCUCUUGACUGCCGUUAUCUGCUUGGGGCUGUCAACGAUAUACCACACCUUGCUGAACCACUCCCACAAGGUGGAACAACUCUGUCUACAGCUUGAUCUGGUGGGCAUAGCCUUCUUGACAGUGGGCGAUUUCAUCUCGGGAAUACGCAUGGUCUUCUACUGCGAAUCUCUGCAACGCAACAUCUACUGGUCUAUGACUGGAAUUCUCGGUGCGCUUACCAUCGGAAUCAUGGUCAGUCCGAGAUUCCAGGGUCGCGAGUUCCGCAUUUUCCGAACACUCACGUUCGUGGGGCUUGGUACGUCUGGCUUUGCACCAUUGAUACAUGGAAUCACGAUGUUCGGCUGGUCGCAAAUGGUUAAGCAAUCCGGAAUGCCCUACUAUCUGGUCGAAGGGGGCUUCCUUCUGGCUGGAACCUUUUUUUACGCUACCAAGUUUCCCGAGAGUCGAUAUCCAGGCAAAUUCGAUAUAUGGGGCUCCUCCCAUCAACUAUUUCACAUCAUGGUGGUGCUCGCCACUGUGACUCAAUUGGUUGGAUUAUUGCAGGCCUUUGACUAUAAUUACUUCCACCGAAUAUGCUCGUCUCUCUAA